CCCUGGUCCCCUUCACGCGGCGGUCCCGGAAGGGACGCGUGGGCCGCCGCCCCGGCCGGGGAGCUGCGGGGCCGCUGGGCCUGCCCGGGCUCUAACUAAGGCUCGCUGCCGGCAGGCGAGCCUUUUCCUCCGGAGCCGGCCCGGGUGUCCGGCCUCACCUCCUGUUAGCUUGUCUUAUAGAUGAGGAAACUGAGGCUCGGAGGCUCAGCGACUCACCCAAGCACGAGGGUGAGGUCCUGCGCCCCACCACUGAUAGGAGCUGGAGGAGAGAUUUAACGUCGGAGUACGCACUUUUGGGGACCAGUGGCCAAUUGGGGACUUCCCAUUGCAGCCAUCAAUGAUAUGCAAAAAUCUCCAGAGAUCAUUAGUGGCAGAAUGACGUUUGCCCUCUGUUGUUACUCUUUGGCAUUCAUGAGAUUUGCCUAUAAGGUACAACCUCGCAACUGGCUCCUCUUUGCCUGCCAUGCCACGAAUGAAGUUGCCCAGAUCAUCCAGGGAGGCCGGCUUGUCAAAUACCAGAUGACUAAAAAAGCCUCUGCAUAACAAUAGGAGGGAGAUAUUGUACCCUGCUGCAGUGACAGCAUUUCCAGUGACAGCUGCUGAGACACAGAUUCUAUCACACACAUGGUCUUGUUAAAAAAGACAAACAACAUCUUUUCAUUAGCCAGACUUAUUUCUUUAGAAAGAGCCAAGAGUCCCUAAAAUAACUCUUUGCUGCCUUACAAAUACUUAACAUAUUCUCUCUUUUUAAAGAGUGGUUCCAAUUAUGCAACUAAUUUAAUGGUCUCAAUGAUGGUUUUAAUCUGAAAUAAUAUGUAUAUUAGCUCUUGAUCAUGAAAUUUAUCUUAUGAAAAACUGAAGAGAACAAAGCUUGUAACUUCGAGCACUUAAGUACACAGAAAAUUUGGUUUGUCUUAUAAUAGUCACAAGGCAGUAUUUGGCUGCCCAUGUGUUUUAUUUCCUAUCAAAUAAUUAUUGAACCAGUUAUCUGUGUACUUCCAUGCAGUGUGCAUGGUCAAAAUGCUAUAACUUAAUUGCAAUAAAUCAUUGAAACAUUAAAUUUCCUCUGAGGAUAUUAACUUGGAAA